UCCGUCAGAAAGCGCUCGACGAACGGACGGGCAGUAUCGCGAGUGCCGGCCACGGCGGCAUGCGCGGGAAUUCGGUUCCCUGUUUCUUUCCACGUUUUGAUACGUGACUCGAUAACCUAUUCGACUGCGAUUUAAACGAUCUCUCAUCUCUUUGUGCCAUUCAUAUUUUCUUUGUUACGACAACGAGAAAUCAGUGAAGAAAUAUAUAUAUAUAUAUAUAUCGCGCUUGGUCCAUCCACAGAUUUAAAAGCAGUGGUCAUCGAUAGAAAUCAGAGAGGGUAGAUAGAUAGAAUAGGUUUCUUGAUAGCGAUAUAUAAUUGCACAGGGAGGAGGAUCCUCUUAACAGCGUUCAGGAUUCACCAGCAGGCAUGAUCGAAUGAUGGAGGUGAUUUCAACACGCCGAUACGAGGCCCGUCCACCGCCUGCCAGCCAUCCACCGAUCCUCAUCGACCCUGAGAAUUCCGUGGCUUUGGUCAAAGAAGAGGAAUGGGAGACACGGAAGAAGAAGGAGAUAACCACGACCAGGCAGAUCGAGACGAGAGUGAAGCGACAAGUGGUGCUCGAGGAUGGGGAAGUCGUGGUCGAUUCGGGGCCUCUGGUCACCACGAACACAACCGAGGACGUCGAGCAACAGGAGCACACCACGCAAGAGAGGCGUACCACCGGCGACCAACCGCAAGAGGUUGAAUGGGCAAUGAACGGAAGGGGACCCGUGGACGGGGCGAGCAUAGUCCAGAAAGAAUUGAACGAGACCAUAGUGAGGAGUCGGGAGGAGAUCGAGGAGAGACUGGAGACGGAGGAUCGUCAACAGUUGGGUGACAUCUCGGACGAGGCAUACCAGAAGGCGGUGAGAAGCAACCGGGGCGAUCUGAGAGUGGCCCUAGCCGAGUCGUGCAAACAGUUGGCGGCCGAGACGGGCCCCAGGGUCGUCCAGCACACGACCAAGUCGAGCAAGGUGAUCGACACGGAGAAAACGUUGGAGAGGAAGGAGUUGAAACCCGAUGGAUUGAUCGUUACCGAGAGGAAACGAACGGUCGAGCACGAGGAGAUCAAGGACGACGAGGCGCCGGAUGACGGGAGCGACGACGUAGCGUCCGAGAGAAGGAAGGAGAGCUCGCAGAGAUUCGUGAAGAAGAGGGACGAGGACGUGGUCGAUUACAUCUCGGGUGGCGAGAGGGUCGCCCGUGAGAUGCGCUACGUCGCCGAGACCACGGAGGGAGAACGUGUGGGGGAUUGGACGCCGUCACCGAUGGCAGUGCGAACUACCCGUUUCCACAAGCAUUCCAGCUUUCCCGGCGAGAGUUUCCCGGCGCGGAAGGACGUGUUGACGAGGAAACCGUUGGACUUCGAGGAGGAGGACGAGGCGAGAAAAUUCGAGACGUCCAAGUGGUUGGAGAGCCACUUCGGUAGCGAGUCGCGUUCCUCCCAUGGAUCGAUCAGCGCCGACGUCGAGUCUGCCAACGUUGCAACGGGCGCCAACACCAGCUACAUCAACGUGACCAUGAAGUCUUGCCCGUCCAAGGAGAGGGAUUAUCAGAACUCGAGCAGGCAUCAACGACGAGGCCGUGACUCCGCGUCCUCGCCUUCCGGCUACUUUCACGGUAUAAGCGAGUGGUCUGAAAGAUACCAAGGGAAAGAGAGGCGAGAACCGAGAACGAGCUCUCCGUCGCAACACGUCGAGACGAAUGGCCACGAUCAUUCGCACACGAGGGGCCAGGUCGAGUCCACCUAUUCGAAAACAUACGAAUCCGUUCUUCGUCGCGAGCAUCAAGAAUCGUUCGAUCGAUCGCGCACCCCGCCUCCGCCUGUUCGACGAAGAUCGAAAGAACAGUGGGUGCCGAGAUCCGAGGAGAAAACCAGUUUAAACGAGUCGAUACCGGGGCGAGCCUCCACGAGUCCGGUCCACGUUGUGCAGAGAACGUGGGAAAACCGUAAUCGAGAUUGCCAAGCAGAGCAGACGGUCGAGCAAGAGAAUCGAAAGAAAUCGAUAUCGAGAUCUCGGUCACCGUCGCCCACGUCGAAAUCGAAUUUUCGCAACAACAACAAUAAUAAUAAUAGUAAUAAGAAAUCGAACGAGAUCGCGACUUCGACACCUGCUCGUCCACCAAAAAGUAAAGGUUCCGGACACUCGAAAUACAAAAUAGGCGAAUCCUUCAGAAAAUUGGUGGGGAAAUUACGUUCCGCCAGCAACGAGAGGAAGAAUAAGCGAGCCAGUAGCAGUGGCUCCAUCUCUCAAUUGACUCAGACCGACGAUAGCGGGCCGACGUAUAUGCAGUACAACGUGAUCGACAAGAACAUCCCGCUGGUAAACGAGAAGAGCAUUGAGGGGAAUCCUCCCGAAAGGCCGCCACGCUCCCCUAAAAAUGCCACCACGAACAGUGGUUCGAAUAAGAUCACAGCGAAAACAGUGAGAACGAGCGAUCAUAUUAGUCAAGAACAGUGGCAACGCGGCGAAUCGACACCACCGUUGCACAGGUAUUAUCUGGGCGAGGAUCCGUUUGGAGGGAGCAUCUAUGGUCGCGAAAAAGGAUACCGAGACGCGAGAAGAUCCGGAAAGCCGCCACGCGGUAGAACGGUCGCAGAGACCGUGUACAGCGUCGCGUCCAGUUCACUUGGCAGAUUUAGCAAGUCUACCAGUCGAUUAGCCAACGAUCACGAGAGAGAGGAACACUAUAGGAGCACGCAAACCCUGCCGAGGAAUCUGCACGCCGGGGGACAAUAUGUUCGGUCGCAGGCUCAGUCGAGACGUCAACCGCCAGUUGUUGGUAGCACGAGCAAAUUGGGAACAUCGUAUGGGAACACCAUUCCAUCGUCGGGAAACAAGUCGCGUCAAUAUGGAAGCAUGAUCAAUAUUUCCAUCAAGAACACGGUCACAUCGCCCAAGGUGUCAAUAUCGAGCAAUAUCCAACCACCGGUCAAGCCGGAACGAACUUACAAAUCUUUGUCGCGCAGCAAGAGCUUUAACGUCGAAGCUGAUAGAAAUGGCACCAAUACACCACCUCUCAGAAUACCGUACACAUCUAACUUGCAUUUAAAUCGAUUAGACGAGACGCCUCCAUUGAAGAGUCCAGGCAUCUUGGCCAGUAUCAAUCGUAGUAACAAAGAUUUAUUGAAAAACGGUAGACACGAGUAUUGACUUGUCUUUGUUAAAUUGUUCAAUUAGAAACUUUUUUAAAUAAUUUCACAAUGAACUGGUUUUCUUUUUCUUUUUUUUUUUUUUUAUUUAUAGUGGAAUUCAUCACGCGGGUAUUAUUAUUGUGAAUAGCUUUUAUGUGUAAGCUUUUUAUGUGUUAAAAUAUUUAUAGUGUAAAGUAUUAUAUAUUAAUAUUGCCCAUAUUGAUCAUAGGGUGAUAGAUUUGUUUUGUAUAAACCAAUGAAACUAUUUUAUUUUAUUUUAAUUUUUUUUCAAACAAAUUCUUAUUACAAUACAAUUCACGUACGAUUUAUUUUUUUUCUUUUUUCUUAGUUCAUGUAUUCAAUUACCAAUCCAAGAUUACAUAUCAUUGGUAGAUGGGAACGAGAUAGCAAUAGUAAUUUGUUUUUAGAAAUAUGUGAUUAAAUGUUAAAUCUUGCAAUAUUUUAUUUCUGUACUAUAUUAAAAUGAAAUUAUAAUUCUUUC